AAUUUUUUACGACACUGCUCGCGGGCGCAGUGGCAGUAGGCAGCCCUGGAAUAGUGGCGCUCGUGUGGCAGGUUCGGCGCUGCUUUUGCCGGUGGACGGAGCGUUUUUCUCCGGAUACUUGCGCAUAUCGGCGGGAAAAAGACGGCGGCAACGAGCGCUUCGAAACGCCGACGAGCUACGGUGUAACCUGCUAGAAAAAAAAAGUGAUCGCACCUUGCACGGAUAUAGCGUGUCGACUUCGGCGAUGUGUGCCUGCUCCCGUCGCUGCACUGCUAGCAACGGCUGCUCCUCGCCCGGGAUCUCCGACGACGGGCGUGCUGUGUGGUGAUUCUUACAUCCGUGUGAAGCUCGUCUUCAAAUGACUGCAACGACGACUCGUCGUCGAAGACGCGGAUGCACUCGCCUCGCUCUCUCUCGGAGUCGUCUCGGAUAUAACACUUUCGAGUUCACUUAAAGCGCCUUGGCUGCGGUGCUUUCGGGCCGGCGGCGGCGACAUGGCGACCGCCGAGGAUUCUAGCAUGGCGUCGCUGUCGCUGGCCGCCGAGCGCGAGGCGCCCCGCAGGAGGCGGCUGUGCCGCUGGCUCCGCGAGCUGCCCUGGAGGUGCUGGCGCUGCUCGCGGACCGCGGGCACGGAGGGCGGCAGCCCGGGUGCCGAGCCCAACCGGCGGCUGGUGCCCAACCACACGGUGCCCGAAGACACCGCGCAGCACCCUAACCGCGGGUUCGCCGACAACGCGGUGCGCACCACCAAGUACACGCUGCUGUCGUUCGUGCCGCGCAACCUGUUCGAACAGUUCCACCGGUUCGCCAACCUGUACUUCCUGGGCAUCGUGCUGCUCAACUGGGUGCCGCAGAUCAACGCGUUCGGCAAGGAGGUCGCCAUGAUACCCGUGCUGUUCGUGCUCGGCGUGACCGCCAUCAAGGACGCCUUCGAGGACCACCGCCGAUACGUGUCCGACAGGCGCGUCAACAACUCCACCUGCCGCGUCUACAACAAGCAAUGUGGCCGCUAUGUGAAGACUCUGUGGAAGCACGUCCGUGUCGGGGACAUUGUCCACCUGUCCUGCAACGAGGUCAUCCCGGCGGACAUUCUGGUUCUGCGUUCGAGCGACGACCAAGGGUUGUGCUACAUCGAGACAGCCAACUUGGACGGCGAGACGAACCUCAAGCAGCGGCAGGUCGUCCGGGGAUACGCCCAGCACAGUGAUACCUUUCAUCCGCUGUCAUUUACAAGUACAGUGGAAUGUGACCCACCAAACUGCAAGAUCUACAGAUUUCAUGGAUUCAUCUGCCAUCCUACCGGAGAAAAGGUGCCAAUCACUUCUGACAACUUACUGCUUCGAGACUGUGUUCUCAAGAAUGCGGACUUCGUCGAAGGCAUUGUUGUGUAUGCUGGAUUUGAGACCAAGGCAAUGCUCAAUAACAAUGGGCCAAGGUACAAACGCAGCAGACUGGAGCGAUUUAUGAACAGAGACAUCGUCUGGUGCAUUGUGAUACUUCUCGUCUUGUGCUCUGUUGGUGCAAUUGGUUGUGCAUUAUGGUUGAGAUCAUUUGAAAAUCGAAAGGAAGUCAUAUUUAUACCUUAUGAACAGGAGAACAGGUACAUACCAGCUGUUGAAGGAUUCAUUGCAUUUUGGACAUACAUAAUUAUUCUGCAGGUGAUGAUACCACUGUCACUGUACGUCUCAAUUGAGAUCAUCAAACUUGGCCAAGUUUUUCACAUCCACGAAGACAUAGAGCUUUUUGACGAGCGAUCAAAUCGGCGCCUCGAGUGCCGUGCGCUGAACAUUCCUGAGGAGCUGGGUCAGGUUCAGUACAUAUUUUCAGACAAGACGGGAACGCUCACCGAAAAUCACAUGGUGUUUCGCCGCUGCACGAUCGGCGGCAGGGACUACAAUCACCACCACCCCAGUGUGUCUGAAGCUGAGGAAAACGACAUCAAAAUACGCAGCUACAGCUGUGGUUCCAAGCCAUCUAAGGAUGACACAGUGUUCACACUGAACCCUCAGCUGCAAAGGGAGCUGUCCAACAUGGAGUACCAGCUACGCAUGGAUGGCAGUGGCCAGCAGCUGUUCUUGAGCCCCGAGAGCCAGCGGGUGCAGGAGUUCUUUCUCCUUAUGGCCACCUGCAACACUGUCAUUGUUUCGAAAUACCCCCACAAGGACAUAAUGAAUAGCAGUGGCUUGUACCUAAACAAUGGUAGCACCCAUGCAACAUCUCCCGAUGGUUGUAGGUCACCUCUGAAACCGUCCUGUCCCUUGCCUUCCUCGCUGCCAUCACCCGUGGCCCGCAGUCCUGCCGUGGCAUCAACUCCGACGGACUCCCGUGCUUCGACACCGACGCGGCCACACAAACUGGCCCUGCCUUUCCUGAACUUUGUCACCAGUCCCUCGAGGCGGACCAUGACGCCCUCGCCUACACCAAGCCCUCAGCUCCAGCCAAUUUACGAAGCCGAGAGCCCAGACGAGAUUGCACUGGUUGAUGCCGCUGCACGUUAUGGUUGCAAACUGCUUCGUCGUACACCGGAUGCAGUCACGCUCAUGCUGCCUGGUGAGGGGCUGAUCGAGUACAGAGUCUUGCAUCUGCUGCCCUUUGACUCAUUCCGCAAGCGCAUGUCCAUCAUUCUACAGCACCCCAUCACCAAGCAGAAGGUGCUGUACUGCAAAGGGGCAGACUCUGCCAUCCUGCCACUGCUAGCCCCUACCAAAGACCAAGUCAUGCGUCAAGUUAUACUACGCACUCAGCAGCACCUGAACCAGUACAGCAAGAAAGGCCUCCGGGUACUUUGUAUGGCAAAAAAGGUGCUGGAGGAUGAAGAGUACGAAGAAUGGUUGGAACAGCACAAGGCCUCUGAGCUCAGUGUGGGAGAUGCUGAGGAGAGGCUUGUCAGCUCAGCUCGCCUUAUGGAAACGAACCUGGAGCUGCUGGGAGCAACUGGCAUCGAGGACAGGCUCCAAGAAGGAGUUCCUGAGACCAUAGCUGCACUACGGUCUGCUGGCAUUGUCAUCUGGGUCCUCACAGGAGACAAACAGGAGACUGCCGUCAACAUUGCUUACUCAUGUCGGCUAUUCUCAACAGACAUGGAAGUUAUAACACUCAACGCUCGUUCACAGGAGGCCACUGAGGAAACGAUCCGCUUCUACCUCGAGCAAGUUGACCGUUGCUUGACCUGCUUCACGGCAGACAUGGAGGAAAGCCAGAGGCGGCGCUCUUUCUCCACGCUCCUGUCACGACUUGCCAACUUCCUUUUCGGAAGGCGUGGCCCGGUCAGAAGUGAGCCGGUUGACGACACACAGCCGAAAUUCGGUGCCUCCCUUCGACACCGAAAGAAGCGGGCACUGGUCAUUGAUGGUCGCACACUAAGCUUCAUCCUCGAACACUCUGCGGAUCAGUUGUUUCUUCGCCUGGCGCAGCAGUGCAGCGUGGUACUGUGCUGUCGGGCCACUCCCUUGCAAAAGGCGUGUGUUGUGAAUCUCGUUAAAGACCGGCUGAAUGUGUUGACCCUUGCCAUUGGUGAUGGUGCCAAUGAUGUGAGCAUGAUCCAGGCGGCUGACAUUGGUGUGGGCAUCAGCGGCCAGGAAGGCAUGCAGGCCGUCAUGGCAAGCGAUUUCGCCCUCGCCCGUUUUCGCUACCUCGAGCGACUGCUUCUAGUCCAUGGACACUGGUGCUAUGACCGGCUGGCCCGGGCCGUAGUGUACUUCUUCUACAAGAAUGCUGCGUUUAUCUUCAUCCUCUUCUGGUACCAGCUGUACUGUGGCUUCACGGGAGCGGUCAUGAUAGACCAGCUCUAUCUGAUGCUGUACAAUGUGCUGUUCACCUCGCUGCCACCGCUCAUCCUGGGCAUCUACGACCAGGACUGCCCUGCCCAUCUGUUGCUCAAGAGGCCAGCCCUUUACACUCCGGGCCGAAAGUCUAAAACGUACACCAAGUAUUCCUUUUGGGUCAACAUGCUUGACGCAUUGUACCAGAGCAUUAUCAUCUUCUUUGUGCCAUUUUUUGUGUACUAUGACAGCGAUGUGGACAUCUGGGAGUUUGGGACCACCAUAUGCACCGCCUGCUUCUGCGUCCAGAUGCUGCACGUUGCCAUUGAGUGCAAGUCUUGGACCCUCAUGCAUGGGAUGUCUAUAGUGGCCAGCUUCUUUGUCUACUUCGGAUUCGCCCUUCUGUACAACAGCGUGUGUUACGAUUCCCCGACGCUCCAGAACCCGUACUGGGUCAUGCAGCAUGCCAUGGCCACUGCCAACUUCUGGCUGUGCCUCUUGCUCAUUCCUGUGAUUAGCUGCCUGCCCAGGUUUGUGGUAAGAGCAUUGCAGACAAGCCUGACUCCAGGAGAUGUCAUGCUUACACUAAUUGAAGAGAGGACACGCAAAAGGUGCCGCGAUUCAACCCGUGGGUCAGUGUCGUGGUCGAGGAAUUCUCGAGGUGUAGCAGUGGUGUUUCAGUCGGCGUGCCGACUUCCCUUGGACGACUUGCCAUCUGUGGCAUCAUCCGCGCCAACUACGUCGACACUGGCAUCAUCACACUGCCUCCAGGCGCGGCCCUCAUCUUCCAUCGAAGACAUCAAGACCGCGUUGCCCACAUAGCACGUGGAAGACGUGGAACGUUGUUACUUAUGUUGUACUGCGUUUUAGAUGGACAGGUGUGUUUUUUUUUUUUCAUUGUUUGUGGGCUGAGUGUGCCUUCUGUUUUAUUUAUUGUGAAUAGGUAUUGUACACAAUAGCACUGAUGCUAAGAUGUUGCACGAAAAUUGGGAACCGAGUCUUUUGUGCUUGGAAAUAUCUUGCGCAUAUAGGUGUGCCUUCCUGCUGUAUCUCGUGAACGCCUGCACUGCUUAGGUGCAAACUUGCAUUUUCUGAGUCGUUUUCAUAAGCAGUUGUUAUUGUUACGUCGCGCAACAUAGCUUGCUUAUAUACAGUGUUUGAUCACAUGCCAUCUCAAAUAAGAAUGCAUUCUGCGCUUUCGCAAAUGUUUGCAACUGUACCCGAAUUAGGUCUUGAACUUGAUGCAACAGCCAACUGUAGCCGAAAAUCGGAUAACGCAGGUUGAGAUUGAUGUAUUUUUAUCUAGCCGUUGCGAUGAGUGUUCUGCAGUUUGUAAAAAAUUUGAAUGAUAUGCACCUAAAAAAGAGCAAUUGGAAAUUGUAAACCACGGACAUUUGUACGACGUUCUUACAUCAAUCAUCUCUUAAACUGAUUUUUCAGGCAAUAUUCAUAAGUGACGUUAUGUUUAAAUUAUUCACAUGAUGUGCUUAGCAUAUGAUGCCAAAUGUCUCGGCACAAUCACCAUUUGACGGAGUUUUAUAUGCAAGUUAAUCACAGCAACGAAAUAAUGAAGACACCCAAAUUAUUUGUGGUGCAGAAAAAAAAACUUUCAUAUCAAACUUAGCAUGCGCUUUAUCACUGGCAUUUGCCACUAUUAAAUAAUUUGGCAAGGUUAGGUGGUUUUGUGUUAAUUUUGUAAACGUUUUAAGAUGCGCAAAAUGAAGGCUGCAACUUAAGAGGCAGCAGUAACUGUGUGAGAGAUCACUGCCAUCAAUGUGUGGUUUGCAGAAGUGCUGCAUAACUUUGACAUGCAGUCACGCUAGUCAUGUUUCUCUCGUUGAGCUAUUAAAGUGGUACAAGGGGCAGUUGGAGACUGCUGAAGUGCCAUGACUUGUAUUUUUUAUUGUUCUGCCAGCCGGUUUUUGUCACCCCGAUGAUUAUUUUUAAUACACUGCUGCAUUGUUUGUGGCACUUACAGCUUGAUGACUUGUGUGCUGUGCUGUGUGUGUUUGUGCAUGUCUGUGUGCUUGCUUCAUUCGCAUGCGUUCAAAACUUACAUUCAUACUGGGGCCAAGAGUCACUCUUCAGAAUUGAAAACAGCAAAAGCUAUGUCGCAUCAUCGUCAUGCCUAUGUCGCAAUUUUCAUUUUAAUCUGUGUUGAAAAACCGUGAUGUUGUUGUCUUCCAAACUGAGGCAUUGUGGAUGUACUUACGUCAGUGAACAAAACAGUUUUCAUUUUUUCCGAGGUACACAUCUUAUGUAACAUUCCAGUCUUUAAAAGGUUUUUUUUGAGGGGGGGGGGGGGGGCAUUAGCGCCGCUCAACUUCGCUCGUCUUUUUCCCUCAUUACAACUUGAGAACUUGCCGUCACAUGCCUACGUCUAAGGUAAGGAAUGAAUGUGAGUUGUGCAGCAAGACCACUACCAUGAUCUUUUGGUGCCACGAGUGUUCUUAAACAUAACAGGGUGUGAUGCUCGGCAUGAUACUUUUCCAGUGCCUGAAGCCUCUACAGCAUUUAGACUACAAUUUCAGCCACUCCGGCAAGAAGCGAAUUCUAAAGUCUUUGAUCGAAAUGCAGAAGUGGAGAGUAGUAUAGCGAUUUCUGUGCAUUUUUUUGCUCUCUUGCAAAAAAAGAAAAAAGAAAUCUUUGUAGCCUGUGGUAUCAUUCAGAAUGAAUGCUUCAUCAAUGUGUUGUCCCCUCACUUUUUUUCGUGUAUGUGACAAUUUUUUACCUUUUUGUACUUAGAGAACUCUGUUUAUAUCGUCGCUUCAUUGUUCACUCACCGUGCCAUUGUUUGCCACCAGAACUUCGACAUGUUUUCAGUUUCAUGCACUGCUUUAAGUAGUUUAUACACUAUAUAAUGAAAAAUGGUUGUCACGGCUGUUUUGCUUCAGCAAAACACACCACAUCAUUAUCUGUUUCUUUAUAUAACACUCAAUAGUAAUGGCACAGAAAUAUUUAUAUAAAGUUGAAUCGCUCGUUGGCAGCACAAUGUGAACUGACUGCCCUUUUCCGAGUACAAUGUACAUUUUGUACAUAGAACAAAUGCUUGUCAGCCAUGUAAAUACCUGUGUUCUCAUCAACCUCUUCAGGAAGAGGCGUUUUUGUAAAUGUGCAGCAGGGUCCGGUGCUUCCACUUGUCUUCUUUCUUAUCCUGGCACAUGGACAACAGCCAUCAAAUUGUGAUAAUGAACACAUCUUCAGCACUGCGCGUAUGAGUACCCGACAUGCUACGCGCACUUUUUUUUUUAAACUAUAAGAAUGGUUAUAAAGCAGCGCCUGUCGGAACACUUACUUUUGUUGAAAUUUAGUAAUUCCUCAUUGCAAGAAUAAACGGUUGCAGCGUGUUGUGUCAC